AUGGACUGGCGACUCCAGGACUACGCCAAAUUGGCCGAGGACACCGGUUCGGACCUCCAAGUCUUCCUAGGCGAGAUCCCGCAAUAUCGCAAGGAUAUCACUGGCGAUAUUGCCGAGCUCUUUGCUAUAUCGAAUGCCCUUCAUGUGUUGAACGAGGCAUUGGAGCUGUCCCGCUACGGACGAUAUUCAGGCCGCAUCCUAAAAGAUCUGGAAGUAUGCCUCCCGAGCUUGGGACAUACGCUCGAUGAUGUACGAGAUAUGUUCAGCAAGUCCAAGAAGGGUAAAUACACGGCACCAGGUGCUUUUCCUGGUACCCCGCCAUAUGCAGUGAUAUGGGAAGACGUUCUCGCGGAUCUGAAAGCGCAGGGCAUAUCCUUACCUGUACGGCUGGAAUUAUUCAGGACAUAUCUGCAGGGUAUGUACGACGCAUUGAAAGGCGAGGAAGACGAAGAAGAACUCCACCAGAUCAGGGUCCGUCUAUCAAAGCUGCUUAAGAAGCAAGAGCCUAUCGAAUCAUACUUCAAUAAACUGUCUGUGCAUGGGCAUGGGCAAGGCUAUGCCAGAACGCCAAAGCCCCCCUCUCCCAAAGUCCCGAGACCGAAGAUCCACAGUCUUCCUACCUAUCCAGCUCCGGGAUAUGGGCCCCACUAUGCACCACCACAGCCGAUGCCAUUGCCACAUCGAGCCCAUAUUGCACCAACCUGGGGAGGCAUAGGAGAAAUACCGUUUAUACCACCGCCGGUACCAGAGAUUCCUCAGUCGCCGACAUAUUCGUCAGCGUCUUCACAGUCCUACUCCAACCACUCAACUGAUUCAGGAGAACCGGUAGCCCACUGGGCCAUGAAGAUCUUUGAUGGACGCCAUUCUUCAACACGGUUCCACACAUUUGGAGACCCUACGACAUGUCUCGGAAGGGAUGAGCCCCGGGCUAUUGAGUUACUCGAUAGUGACGGAUUCGAGAAGGUACUGGAGUUGCCUUUUGAGGCCACCAACGUUUGGGUAAGGCUAUACUGGAGGCCAGAGGACAACCGCGCCCGAAUUCUCUUUCUCACAAUGGAUCCCACUGGACGCCGCAUGAGAUAUUGCUUCCCAUUGACCGGAUUAAAAUUGCUUCGUGCAGAGUCUUGUUUGCAGCUCUGCCGUGUCAACAAAAGAGAUGGACGGCUCGAUGUGUGGGCUAAGCUCCGAUUCACUUUGUAUGAGCGAAUGGUCCUUUUCUACUGCACCGCUGUUGCCAUGAAACGCCAAGAUGAAAAUGGCAUUGCCGAAGGACUGGUAGACUUCUUCCAUCCUGGGGAGCUAGAAUUCAGCGGCGAGAUCAAAGACAGCAAAUACCUCCAUGCAUUCCGCAUAUACCGUGACGUAGACUCUGGUUGCGUUCGCUUCGAGGCGACAGCUCGUCGGGGACCACUCAAGACAAUACCUAUCUGGACCGCCUUUGUCACACAGUAUAUUGGGCACAGAGGUUGGAUGAAGCGAGUUGGCAAUACUACAAUCCAGUUUGGCGAGCUUCACCCAUAUGUGUUUUGUGAAGGGUACAAGUUACCAAAAGGGCCGACGGGCAGGUAUCAGUUGACGUUCACUACACCCGAAGAUGCAAGGAACUUCAAGGAGUGGUUCCAUCACAUUAGGAUCUGA